UUCCUCAUUUCUUUUAAAAUUAAAAUGUACAUAUAAUAUAAUAAAUAUAUAAGUCGUCCGCAACCUUGUUAUUGCCUCCCCCAACGUGACUGAACCAGAGAAUCCCCGCCUUCAGCCGCGAUCGCGCGUCCUUCCUCCGCAAAUACUUGAUUAAUCAACCCAAUAGCCACCGCCCAAUCGGAUUUUAUCCUCUUCGCUGCCUUUAAUCCCUCAACCAUGCCUGUUAUUUCGAACAAUUUGAUGCUCCAGCUACUUUGAACGCUACAUUACCCACCUGUUUCAAUUCGUCUUUCCCGAUAGCUGCAUCUCCCGGUGCUACAUUCUUCCUCUCAUCGCGCAUUAAGUCUCCUCAUUGUCUCUUGAUUAAGCUUUGUUUGUUCCUUGAAUUAAUUUCUAGUAUCUGGGUAUUGUUGCUAUUUACCUUUCCUGAUUGCCCUUAAUCUUAAUUUUUCUCUCUCGUUCCAAUUUUUUGGUUGAUAAUCUAUGGCGUUAGUAUGUUUUAAAUUUUGUAGGUUUUAAUUGCUGUAAUCCGUGUAAUCGUAUGUUAAAUGCACGUCUUUCUCUGUUUCUUGUUAUCUACCGUAUUCUGCUAUAACUUAUGAUUUUGGGGUGUUUUUGUUUUGUUUUUAGUUUUUGCAAGCUAGUUUAUGGUCUGUGGAACAUGUAAAGAUAUGAAGAGUUGCAUUAUAUAUGUGUGAAUAGUUAAAAAAAAGUUUAAUUAGACAACCCUAGGGUGUGUAUGAAGCUUGUUUUGUUUCUUUAACUAAAUUCGUUUAGGCGGAUUGCAGGAGAAGGAGGAUGAGCUAUCUUUUAAGGACCUUAACAACGAAGAGAGAAGUGGAUUCCAUCAUUAGGGACACUAUUGAUAAGGUUCUCAUUCUCCGAUUUGGGCGGUGCUCCGAUUCAGUUUGUCUCCUCCUUGACGAUAUUCUUGCAAAGUGCGCUCGAGAAGUGUCGAAGUUUUCUUUGAUAGCACUGGUUGAUAUUGAUUCAGAAGAAAUACAGGUUUACAUCAAGUACUUUGACAUAACUCUUAUACCGUCCACUGUUUUCUUCUUCAAUGCUCAUCAUAUGAAGAUGGAUUCAGGGACUGCAGAUCAUACAAAGUGGAUUGGUGCUUUUCACGAAAAGCAGGAUUUUAUCGAUGUUGUGGAGGCAAUAUUUAGGGGAGCUAUGAAAGGCAAGCUCAUUGUGAGUUGUCCAUUGCCUCCUGAGCGAAUUCCAAAAUACCAGUUAUUAUACAAGGACGUGUAGGAGACGAAUUGGCACCAAAAGGUUCCUACUGAAUUUUCCUGCCUCCUAGUUUAUAUUUAACUAGUUGUUUGAUCGGAUCAGUUGAUCUCGUGAAGUCCAAUUCGGGUGAAUUUCAUUAAUCGAGAUUCUGCGAAGAAUGUUGCCAAAAUCUCAUCAACAAAAAUAGAAAAUGUUUUCGUCGCUUGGAAGCAAUGGAAUGAAUGGUUCAAAGAGAUGUCUUUUUCUUCUGUGAUUCACAUAGUUUUUAUGUAUCUACAUCACGUCUUUCUAUUAUUUGGUGUAUUGUGCUGUGAGAACUGACUUGUUGAUAUCAACCAUGAAGCCCUUUGAGC